AUGGAAUCUAUCCUCUCAGGUGCAGUAUUACUGUCUGUAUUAGAAACCUCUAUGGCCAUAUAUGGCUGUCCUACUGGUGGUUUACUGUCGAGUGUUCUCGGAGGUGUUGGCAGCGGUUAUGGUGGUUAUGGUGGAUUCGGAUAUGGCAGAUGUGGUCCUGACACGAUUUUCUAUCACUGGACGUGCUGUGACUAUAACGUCUACGAUUGCUGUAUCCAACUGGAAACCUGGGUUAUGUGA